AUGCCAAGAGAAGAUGCUCACUUCAUCUAUGGUUACCCCAAGAAGGGGCACGGCCACUCUUACACCACGGCUGAAGAGGCCGCUGGGAUCGGCAUCCUGACAGUGAUCCUGGGAGUCUUACUGCUCAUCGGCUGUUGGUAUUGUAGAAGACGAAAUGGAUACAGAGCCUUGAUGGAUAAAAGUCUUCAUGUUGGCACUCAAUGUGCCUUAACAAGAAGAUGCCCACAAGAAGGGUUUGAUCAUCGGGACAGCAAAGUGUCUCUUCAAGAGAAAAACUGUGAACCUGUGGUUCCCAAUGCUCCACCUGCUUAUGAGAAACUCUCUGCAGAACAGUCACCACCACCUUAUUCACCUUAAGAGCCAGCGAAGACACCUGAGACAUGCUGAAAUUAUUUCUCUCACACUUUUGCUUGAAUUUAAUACAGACAUCUAAUGUUCUCCUUUGGAAUGGUGUAGGAAAAAUGCAAGCCAUCUCUAAUAAUAAGUCAGUGUUAAAAUUUUAGUAGGUCAGCUAGCAGUACUAAUCAUGUGAGUAAAUGAUGAGGAAUAUUAAAUUGGGAAAACUCCAUCAAUAAAUGUUGCAAUGCAUGAUACUAUCUGUGCCAGAGGUAAUGUUAGUAAAUCCAUGGUGUUAUUUUCUGAGAGACAGAAUUCAAGUGGGUAUUCUGGGGCCAUCCAAUUUCUCUUUACUUGAAAUUUGGCUAAUAACAAACUAGUCAGGUUUUCGAACCUUGACCGACAUGAACUGUACACAGAAUUGUUCCAGUACUAUGGAGUGCUCACAAAGGAUACUUUUACAGGUUUAAGACAAAGGGUUGACUGGCCUAUUUAUCUGAUCAAGAACAUGUCAGCAAUGUCUCUUUGUGCUCUAAAAUUCUAUUAUACUACAAUAAUAUAUUGUAAAGAUCCUAUAGCUUUUUUUUUUUGAGAUGGAGUUUCGCUUUUGUUGCCCAGGCUGGAGUGCAAUGGCGCGAUCUUGGCUCACCAUAACCUCCGCCUCCCAGGUUCAAGCAAUUCUCCUGCCUUAGCCUCCUGAGUAGCUGGGAUUACAGGCGUGCGCCACUAUGCCUGACUAAUUUUGUAGUUUUAGUAGAGACGGGGUUUCUCCAUGUUGGUCAGGCUGGUCUCAAACUCCUGACCUCAGGUGAUCUGCCCGCCUCAGCCUCCCAAAGUGCUGGAAUUACAGGCGUGAGCCACCACGCCUGGCUGGAUCCUGUAUCUCAGGUAAGACAUAUAACGCAGUCUAAUUACAUUUCACUUCAAGGCUCAAUGCUAUUCUAACUAAUGACAAGUAUUUUCUAUUAAACCAGAAAUUGGUAGAAGGAUUUAAAUAAGUAAAAGCUACUAUGUACUGCCUUAGUGCUGAUGCCUGCGUACUGCCUUAAAUGUACCUAUGGCAAUUUAGCUCUCUUGGGUUCCCAAAUCCCUGUCACAAGAAUGUGCAGAAGAAAUCAUAAAGGAUCAGAGAUUCUGGAAUGGUGUCAUUAUUUGCAUAGCAACAUUGCAAUUUGUUUUCCUUUGGCUACAUCAACGUAUCACCUACACUAUUAUUUAUCUAAUAUUUCUCUUUCAGGCAGCUCAUUUAAACUUUUUUUGGCUUUAAUUCCUAUUGCCAUCCUGAGUGGAAAACCAGUAUCAUUUUCCAUAGUAGAGGAUAACUAUAAAAACGAAGAUAAUGAAAGUAAUUUUUUUUAACCUAAGAAAAUACUAAUGGUCACAGAAAGCUAUGAACCUGACACCUGCUCUCUUUGUCAAACAGAGAUUAACAAGGAUCAGAGAAAAGUUAAAGGCUGUCUUUGACAUAACUGGAAGGCUUACAAGAGUUUUAAAGAAAUUACUUUCUCACUAUAUGAUUCAUUGCUAUUUAACGGUGAGUCAGUAAACCACCUAAAAAUCAUCUUGCCUCAUCAGAAACACUAGUGUAACAUAACUGCAUCAUUUUCUACUAAAGACAAAAUUUCACCAAAGGGGAAAAAGAAAACACAGGAUAAAGAGACGUAUUACACACAUCGAAAAAAACAACAUUUAACAAAAUAUUAAAAUAUUUCCCCACUCUUCUGAUACUGUCAAGUCUUACUACUUAAAAUAAGGCUUCCACCUCUCCCACUUCAAACAAAUCAAUGAAUUCUAAACCAAAGAAACUUCAUCAGGCAUUUGGGUACCUCCUCCCCUCACCACGAGGUCUCUGCUGAACCUCAAUCCUGUACACUGAGGAACCUGUGGCUUGAACCCUACAUCCCUCCAGAACCCCCAGACUG